CUACUUCAGAGUGACUGUGAGAGAGAUGCAUUGGAUUACGACGAGAAACGCCGUCGUUUCAUUCCCCAAAUGGCGAUUCUUCUUCCGCUCCUCAUAUCGCACUUACUAUUCCCUCAAACCCUCCUCCCCAAUUCUACUUAAUAGAAGGUACUCUGAGGGGAUAUACUGUCUCAGAGAUGGAAAGUCUCUUAAAGGAAUCACAACGGCUUCUAAGAAAGUCAAGACAUCAAGUGAUGUUCUCACUGACAAAGAUCUCUCUCAUUUGGUUUGGUGGAAGGAGAGAUUGCAGACAUGUAAGAAACCAUCUACUCUUCAGCUUAUUGAAAGGCUUAUGUAUACCAAUUUACUGGGUUUGGACCCUAGCUUGAGGAAUGGAAGUUUAAAAGAUGGAAACCUCAACUGGGAGAUGUUUCAGUUUAAGUCAAGGUUUCCCCGCGAAGUUUUGCUCUGCAGAGUGGGAGACUUUUAUGAGGCUAUUGGAAUAGAUGCUUGUAUACUCGUUGAAUUUGCUGGUCUAAAUCCUUUUGGUGGUCUUCGAUCAGACAGUGUUCCAAAGGCUGGCUGCCCAGUUGUGAAUCUUCGACAGACUUUGGAUGACCUGACACGCAACGGUUAUUCGGUGUGCAUUGUGGAGGAAGUUCAGGGGCCAACACAAGCGCGUUCUCGUAAAGGUCGAUUUAUUUCAGGGCAUGCACAUCCAGGAAGUCCUUAUGUAUAUGGGCUUGUUGGUGUUGACCACGAUCUUGACUUUCCUGAACCUAUGCCUGUUGUUGGGAUAUCUCGUUCAGCAAGGGGGUAUUGCAUGAUAUCUAUUUUCGAGACUAUGAAAGCAUAUUCGCUAGAUGAUGGUCUAACAGAAGAAGCCUUGGUUACUAAGCUCCGCACCCGUCGCUGUCAUCAUCUAUUCUUACAUGCAUCGUUGAGGCACAAUGCAUCAGGGACGUGCCGCUGGGGAGAGUUUGGGGAAGGGGGUCUACUCUGGGGAGAAUGCAGUGGCAGGAAUUUUGAAUGGUUUGAAGGAGAUACCCUUUCUGAGCUCUUAUUAAGGGUCAAAGAUGUUUAUGGUCUUGAUGAUGAAGUUUCCUUUAGAAAUGUCAAUGUACCUUCAAAAAAUCGGCCACGUCCUUUGCAUCUUGGAACGGCUACACAAAUUGGUGCCUUACCCACUGAAGGAAUACCUUGUUUGUUGAAGGUGUUACUUCCAUCUACGUGCAGUGGUCUGCCUUCUUUGUACGUCCGAGAUCUUCUUCUAAAUCCUCCUGCUUAUGACAUUGCUCUGAAAAUUCAAGAAACGUGCAAGCUCAUGAGCACAGUAACUUGCUCAAUUCCGGAGUUUACCUGCGUCGCUUCUGCUAAGCUUGUGAAGCUUCUAGAGCAACGUGAAGCCAACUACAUUGAGUUCUGCCGAAUAAAAAAUGUUCUUGAUGAAGUAUUACAUAUGUAUAAACAUGCUGAGCUUGUGGAAAUCCUGAAAUUAUUGAUGGAUCCUACCUGGGUGGCUACUGGUUUGAAGAUUGACUUUGAAACUUUUGUCAACGAAUGUCAUUGGGCUUCUGAUACAAUUGGUGAAAUGAUAUCUCUAGAUGACAAUGAAAGUCAUCAGAAUGUUAGUAAAUGCGCUAAUGUUCCGAAUGAGUUCUUUUAUGAUAUGGAGUCUUCAUGGCGAGGUCGCGUAAAGGGAAUUCAUAUAGAGAAAGAAAUCACUCAAGUGGAAAAAUCAGCUGAGGCUUUAUCUUUAGCUGUUGCUGAGGAUUUUCUCCCUAUUAUAUCAAGAAUUAAGGCCACCACUGCUUCACUUGGUGGCCCGAAGGGCGAUAUUGCAUAUGCAAGAGAGCAUGAGUCUGUUUGGUUCAAGGGGAAACGGUUUACACCAUCUAUUUGGGCUGGUACUGCAGGGGAAGACCAAAUUAAACAGCUGAAACCUGCUUUCGACUCGAAAGGAAAAAAGGUUGGAGAAGAAUGGUUUACAACCCCAAAGGUGGAAGCUGCUUUAGUCAGAUACCAUGAAGCUAGUGAGAAUGCAAAAACUCGAGUGUUGGAACUGUUGCGCGAGUUAUCUGUUAAAUUGCAAACAAAAAUAAAUGUUCUCGUCUUUGCAUCUAUGCUUCUGGUCAUUUCAAAAGCAUUAUUUGCUCAUGCUUGUGAAGGGAGAAGGCGAAAGUGGGUUUUUCCAACGCUUGUCGGAUUCAGUACAGACGAGGGCGCAAAACGAUUAGAUGGUGCCAGUCGAAUGAAGCUGACAGGCCUAUCACCUUAUUGGUUUGAUGUAUCUUCUGGAACCGCUGUUCACAAUACUGUUGACAUGCAAUCACUGUUUCUUCUAACUGGCCCUAACGGUGGUGGUAAAUCUAGUUUGCUCAGAUCAAUAUGCGCAGCUGCUCUACUUGGAAUUUCCGGUUUAAUGGUUCCAGCUGAAUCAGCUUCUAUCCCUCACUUUGAUUCCAUCAUGCUUCACAUGAAAUCCUAUGACAGCCCUGUAGACGGAAAAAGUUCUUUCCAGGUAGAAAUGUCGGAAAUACGAUCUAUCGUAAGCCAGGCUACUUCGAGAAGCCUAGUGCUUAUAGACGAGAUAUGCCGAGGGACAGAGACAGCAAAAGGCACAUGUAUCGCUGGUAGUGUGGUAGAGAGCCUUGACACAAGUGGUUGUUUGGGUAUUGUAUCUACUCAUCUCCAUGGAAUCUUCAGUUUACCUCUUACAGCGAAAAACAUCACAUAUAAAGCAAUGGGAGCUGAAAAUGUCGAAGGGCAAACGAAGCCAACUUGGAAAUUGACAGAUGGAGUCUGCAGAGAGAGUCUUGCGUUUGAAACAGCUAAGAGAGAAGGCGUUCCCGAGACAAUCAUCCAAAGAGCCGAAGCUCUUUACCUCUCGGUCUAUGCAAAAGAUGCAUCAUCUGAAGUUGUCAAACCCGACAAAAUCGUAACUGCAUCCAACAAUGACCAGCAGAUCCGCAAACCAGUCAGCUCUGUGAGAAGUUUGGAGAAGGACUUGGCAAAAGCUAUCGUUAAAAUCUGUGGGAAAAAGAUGAUUGAGCCUGAAGCAUUAGAAUGUCUUUCAAUCGGUGCUCGUGAGCUUCCACCUCCAUCUACAGUGGGUUCCUCAUGUGUAUAUGUGAUGCGUAGACCCGAUAAGAAAUUGUACAUUGGACAGACGGAUGAUCUUGAAGGACGAAUACGUGCACAUCGAGCAAAGGAAGGACUGCAAGGGUCAAGUUUUCUAUACCUUAUGGUGCAAGGUAAGAGCAUGGCUUGUCAGCUAGAGACUCUUCUGAUUAACCAACUCCAUGAACAGGGAUAUUCUCUGGCUAACCUAGCCGAUGGAAAGCACCGGAAUUUCGGAACAUCCACAAGCUUGAGUGCAUCAGAUGUAGUCAGUAUCUCAUAGUUUGAAACAUUAGCUGUAGUAUGUAGUAUGUUUGUAAUUGAUCAUCUCUCUGUACAAUUGCACCAGUUAGUCCACUAGAACUAGAGUAGAUUACUACAACUAAGAAUGCAUGCCGUUUUCUUUUUGAGAUUUUGUCAAACGGCACGCAGUUCAGGCAAUCGGAUGCAGCAAUUACCAAUUUUGGGUCAAUCGGUGUAAUUGUCGUUACAGUAAUGUAAUCUUUUUAACAAAACUCAGCACUAAUG